GCCCGGCCGGGCGCCGCUCCAUGUUCGCCAUGGACUACUCCUACCUCAACUCCUACGACUCCUGCGUGGCCGCCAUGGAGGCGUCCGCCUACGACUUCAGCUCCUGCAGCCAGGCCAACACCUUCCAGUACAGCCCCAUGCGCGGCGGCUUCGGCGCCGGCCCCGCCUGCCCGCCGCUCGCCACCGCCAACUGCGCCCUGGGCGCCCUGCGCGACCACCAGCCCUCGCCCUACUCCGCAGUGCCCUACAAAUUCUUCUCGGACCCGUCGGGCAUCAACGAGAAGCGGAAGCAGCGGCGGAUCCGGACCACGUUCACCAGCUCCCAGCUGAAGGAGCUGGAGAGGGUCUUCGCCGAGACGCACUACCCCGACAUCUACACGCGGGAGGAGCUCGCCCUCAAAAUCGACCUCACCGAGGCGCGGGUGCAGGUCUGGUUCCAGAACCGGCGCGCCAAGUUUCGCAAGCAGGAGCGCGCUGCCAACGCCAAGGGCACCGGCGGCACCGGCACCGGCCCCGGCGCCGGCAAGAAGUCCGACCCGCGCUCCUCGUCGGAGGACGACGAGUCCAAGGAGUCGAACUGCAGCCCGACGCCGGACAGCACGGCCUCGCUGCCCGCCCCGGGCGGCCUGAGCAGCCCCGGCGGCAGCCUGAGCCCCAGCCCCGGCGUGGGGCAAGCGCUGGGGCCCGGCCACCCCGCGCCGCCCCUGAAGGCGCCCGUCUGGCCCGGCGUGAGCACCAGCAGCGGCACCGCCAACGCCGCCGACCUCCUCAAGGCCUGGCAGCCGGCCGACGCCGUGCCGGGACCCUUCUCCGGCGUCCUCUCCUCCUUCCACAGGAAGCCCAACGCCCUCAAGACCAACCUCUUCUGAUGAGCCGGGGGCCGUGGCCUCCCCCCCCCCCCCCCCCAGCCUGCCCCCCACCAGCUGCCCCUCGCCGCCCUCCUGCAGUGGGGCCGGUGCCGGGGGGGCUGCGGGGGGACGGCGCAUCCCCGCCGGGAUGCGGGACGGGAUGCUGGCUGCUCCGCGGGCUCCGCGCCCCGGAGGCGCUCGGCGAGCCGCCGGGAUGCUCGAGCCACGGACCGGGCUCGGCCGCCCUCCGCGGUGCCGGGGGCAGGACAGGGACAAG